AUGGCUCGGAAACGGGUUGUGCAGCGCAUCAAAGCUGUGGAGACAGAGACGUGCUUGCUCGUGGUGGACAAGGAGACGGACGAGUAUCUGUGCAGCCUGCGCCUGACAUGCACGGAGGAGAUGGUGCACAGCGGGAUCCUGCUGAACUCCAGCAUCUCGCCCACCAAGUCGGUGGGCAGCGACAAUGGGGAGGUCUGGAAGCCGCAGCUGGAUCUGAGCGGGGGCAGCCUCCAGCAGCACUCGCACAGCUUCUCCUCGCACGGCAGCAGGAAGGAUUUAAACGGACACGAGUCGCUGUGCCCCCGUCUCUGCCACCUGAAGAAAGGCCCCAACGGCUACGGCUUCAACCUGCACAGCGAGAAGUCCCGGCCGGGGCAGUUCAUCCGCUCGGUCGACCCCGACUCACCGGCCUCCAGAGCAGGGCUGCGGCCCCAGGACCGGCUGGUGGAGGUGAACGGCAUAAACGUGGAAGGCCUGCGGCACUCAGAGGUGGUGUCCCACAUUAAGUCCAGGGAGAACGAAGCCAGGCUCCUGGUGGUGGACCCCGAAACAGAUGAUUACUUCAAGAAGCUGGGGGUGACCCCCACGGAGGAGCACACCAAAGGUGUGGUACCUCAGCCCAUGACAAACGGAUCCGCACAGACUCAGCUGAAUGGAGGAUCCACAUCUUCAUCUCACAGUGACCUUCAAAGUCCAGGAAAGGAAUCAGAGGAUGGAGACGCGGAGAAGAAAGACCCGUUUGAGGAGAGCGGGCUGACCCUGAGCCCAACGGCUGCUGAGGCCAAGGAGAAGGUGCGGGCCAAGCGGGUGAAGAAGAGAGCUCCGCAGAUGGACUGGAACAAGAAGCGAGAGAUUUUCAGCAAUUUCUGAGCCUUGCUGGUGGCUGCCGUCCGCCGCUCUCCUGCCCCUGCCCCAGCUCGGACGUUUCUGAGGUGCCUACUCACUGUCCUUCAGUGUCCAUGUGAGAUGCUUUGUGCUCUGCUCUUCACUGGUUGCUUUUACAAGGCGUAUUUUAAAGUCCUUUUUUUUAUUUUUUAUUAUUAUUAUUAUUAUUGUUACUCACCAGCGAUUCUCAUAAGACAAAUGUGACCAAAGCUCCUUUCCUUGCUUGCUCUUCAGCCCGGCUCUGGCUGCCCGCCAUCCGCUGUUCCUAUGAGAAAGGACUGGAAGAGUUUAACUCUUGUUUCUUACCUGCAUCAUUUAGGCUUCUAUUAUUUCUUUUUUUUUUUUUUUCUUCUUUAUUUGGGGUGUUUGUUUUGGUUUUGCGGGUGUCCCAGACUGAGCCCCAUGGGAUGCUCUGUGCCCCUGUGCAAACGUCUUACGGCCUCGUGCCCCCGCCGUGGUGGGGGUCCGCAGGGUGGGGUGUACCUGGCACCCCCUCCCCGGCACCCCGUCUGCAGCGUCAACUACUCACACGAUGGGAAAACGGACAGUGGCUGUAAAUCGCUCUUGUUGGCUUUGCUAUUGAAACAAAAAAGUUUGUUGUUUUUGUUUUUUUUUUUAAAUGAAGUCCCAUAUGUUUCCAGUUAGUUUAGGAACCUCCCUCCCCACCAGUGACUUCUGCCCCAGCAAUAAAAGCCCAUUUUUCAUCCCCGACAGCUCUGCAGAGGGGAGAGGGCAGGAUUUAAAAACAAAACCCAAACCCAACAGCCCAAAUGCCACAGGCCUCACCG